UGUGUGUACUGAUGAUCACUUCCUCAGAAAAAGAGAGAGAGAGAGAGAGACAGAGACUGUUGGCACAUUUAGCUCUAGAGUAAAGGCUGAUCAUGACAGGUUUCUGAUGCACGGCCCGGAUCACCGGACACACGGCACCGCCCGGAUCCGACGGUUAAGCCUGCGGUAAUCGCGGGAAGGAAGGACGGCGUUAAAAGGGGGGGUGAAAAGGACCCAGCAGGGGUGGAGGAGUUAAGGCGACAGAGAAAGAGAGAGUGAGAGAGCGAGAAGACCAUGCGAGAAUACAAAGUGGUCGUGCUCGGCUCCGGCGGCGUGGGCAAAUCCGCCCUGACCGUCCAGUUCGUCACGGGCUCCUUCAUCGAGAAGUACGACCCGACGAUAGAGGACUUCUACCGCAAGGAGAUCGAGGUGGACUCGUCGCCGUCGGUGCUCGAGAUCCUGGACACGGCCGGCACGGAGCAGUUCGCCUCCAUGCGCGACUUGUACAUCAAGAACGGCCAGGGCUUCAUCCUGGUCUACAGCCUGGUCAACCAGCAGAGCUUCCAGGACAUCAAGCCCAUGCGAGACCAGAUCAUCCGGGUCAAGCGCUACGAGCGGGUUCCCAUGAUCCUCGUGGGCAACAAGGUGGACCUGGAGGGCGAGCGGGAGGUGUCUUCAGGAGAGGGCAAAGCGCUGGCGGAUGAGUGGAACUGCCCCUUCAUGGAGACCUCGGCCAAAAAUAAAGGCUCGGUGGACGAGCUGUUCGCCGAGAUCGUGCGCCAGAUGAACUACGCCGCGACGCCCAACGGGGACGAGCAGUGCUGCUCCUCCUGUGUCAUCCUCUAAAAACAAACCGAUCGGAUUUGUUCUCUUGGCUUGAUUUGUUUUUUUGUUUUUGUUUUUGUUUUUCCUCCCCUAUUUUGCAGUCGCAACCCCCUGUGCGCGCGACUUGGUAAACAACGUGACUCCUACGAGACGAAACACGACGACUCCAUUAUAGAACGGGAAGUUUGAGCUCAAAAAACAAACAAAAACAAGCUCGAAUUGAUCUCUCGGUCUCUCUAAAGAAUCCCUUUUUUUCCUUCUGGUGUUAAAUGUCAUCAGUAUUUUUUAUUUUAUAAAGUGUCCUAUAUUGUCUUGCACAUGCGUAAUACGAAAACGAGAGAGAGAGAAGGGGAAAAACUGCAUCAGUGUUUACAAUGACAGAAUACUUGAAUGUUCUGGGAUUGACACAAAAACAACCCAGGGUAGUUUUCUUUUUCUUUUUCUUUUUUUUUUUUUAAACCUCGUCUCCCUGGUGCCUAGCUUAUGUGGGUUGUUUGUUUUUAGAACCCAACCCGAUUCGGUCGCAAAACUUUUUUAUUUUUUGGGGGGUGGGGGUUGUUUUGGCAGGGUUUAGUAACUGUAUCCCAUCCUUUGGCCUGCUUUUUGCAGUAUCACUUCCGCUUUUUCUGGAGAUGUGGAUGACACUUAUUGGUAACUAGUAGCAUCUGGUAACUAUGGAAACGAAACGACAACAUCUUCGAGCCCGGAAAUAGUGUAUGAGGAUUUGAUAUAUAUAUUUUUUUCCCCUUUGUUUGUUUGUUUGUUUUCUUUUUUUUUUAAAACAAAAUGUGAUGUCCGGGGUCUGGCGAGGAUAAAUAAAUAAAUGAAUACGAACUUCAACUUUAGGAUCAACUUUUAGGAAGCCAAAUGGCGUAAUGGAGGAUUAAGUUUUGCUGCACACGACGACUCGAAGGAUCUGCAAAAAAGAAACAAAAACCACGCUUGGGAUUCUUUUCGUGUUUGUAUUUUUUAUUUAAAAACAAAAAAACAAAGUGAAAGCAAAGAAGAGUUGACGGAGGUUGUGACGAACCACACCACAGCGACUUUUUUGGGUUUUGUUGUUGUUUUCUCCUUUAACUCAGCGUGCGCGAGGACCUUACUGUGGUGACGUAAGGACGUCGUGAUGACGCCGUGCGUCGAGUGCCUUCCAUUUUUAGUGCCAACCUGAGAAGGUCUGAGGAAGUUUUAUGGCAAAGUACUUAAACUUGUUUUCACUUAAAGGGGUUAUAAAGUGUUUGUAACGCCUCCUGUCAAAGGAAUCACCUUCUUUUGACUCACAGUUUGGCCUUUAGUUAUGUUCUGUUCUGUUCAUGUUCUUAUUGUUUUUUUAUUUUGGCUUUUUUAGUUCCCUUUUCCUUAAAGCUGGUCUGUUUUUGGCCAAAUAGGGGUGUUAAAAAAAGAAAAGAAAAAAAAAAAUCACACACAGGUACUUGAGCUCUCUGACUCACAACCGUAAUCACUUCCUCUAGACCAGUCUGUUUUUGUUUUGGUUCAUUCUUUGGAUUUUUAUUUUUUAACACAAAUGUGAUGUAUCAUCUAAUCCGAUUGUACGUUGAAAAAAAAUGCAGGCCGGCUUUUUAACAGCCGUUCUGAAUGUUUAAAACAAAAGACUUUUAAUACAAAUUGCAUUUUUAAAAAAUA